GUUCUGCCAGUAACGGAAGCUUGUCCCGCGCGAGCUGCGCGUCUCUUCUUGUCCCCCACGUGUCGCGGUGUAUCGGAGCUUCUAAAGGGACGCGCGCCCCUCCCCCCUCCGCGAGAGACCCUGGAGUUCGCGGCGAGGGAUGGAGGCCCUGCGGAUGCGCGUGGCCGGCCCGCUGCAGCUAGUGGCGCGGCGGAACGAGAAGAGCAGCGGCGAGCUGGGCAGGUUCCUGGCCAAGCAGAUCUGGACUCGGCAGGAUCGCCAGUGUAUUCUCAAUGCCUUAGCACAGUUAUUAGUGGAUAAAGAAUGUACUCUACUGAUUGGUCGUCAGUUUCGACCAAUCCUGCUGGAUUUACUGGAAAGAAAUGCAGAAGCCAUUAAUGCUGGUGGUCAAAUCAACCAUGAUCUGCAUGAAAGGCUUUGUGUAGCAAUGAGCAAGCUCAUUGGCGACCACCCUGAUGUGCUUCCGUUUGCUCUGAGGUAUUUUAAGGAUACUUCACCAGUGUUCCAAAGACUCUUCCUGGAAAGUUCUGAUACAAACACAGUCCGAUAUGGGCGCAGACGGAUGAAGUUACGGGAUCUCAUGGAGGCUGCUUACCUAUUCCUCCAACAAGAGCAGUCUGUAUUCCGGGAGUUAUGGGACUGGAGUGUGUGUGUUCCACUGCUAAGGAGUCAUGAUACUUUGGUCCGCUGGUACACUUCAAAUUGCCUUGCUUUGGUUACAUGCAUGAAUGACGAGCACAAAUUAUCUUUCCUUAAGAAGAUCUUCAAUCCGGAUGAAUUAAUACGUUUCAGACUAAAGCUACUGGAAGAAUCACAGAUGCGGAAUGUAGAGAGCGCCCUUGUUUUGGCCAAUCCAGAUACAUCUCUUUGGCAGAGAGAGAAAGGGCUGCAGUACACACGAGGAGACAUUGUAUCAGGUGACCUCUCUGCAAACGUAAUAGCAGUAUGUGGAGUUGUGCUACCCAGGCAACAACUUGUGCCCAAAGAACAGGAAAGUACCAUUAACCAUUUUGUGCUGGUUGAAUCCACCUGCAUGAAUCUGCAAAACCUUGCGCUGGCAGUAGCUUUCCAGAAUCCUGUAUUAUUAGAGGGACCAAUAGGAUGUGGCAAAACUUCUUUAAUUGAGUAUUUAGCAGUCAUUACAGGAAGAAUGAAGCCCCCUCAUAUUCUGAAAGUUCAACUUGGAGAUCAGACAGACAGUAAGACGUUACUGGGUAUGUAUCGUUGUACAGAUGUGCCAGGGGAGUUUGUAUGGCGGCCUGGAACCUUGACACAAGCUGUCACCAAAGGGCACUGGAUUCUGCUGGAGGAUAUUGACUAUGCUCCUCUGGAUGUGAUCUCUGUCCUGAUUCCUCUUCUGGAAAAUGGAGAAUUACUGAUUCCUGGUCGUGGAGACUUUUUAAAAGUGGCUCCUGGAUUCCAGUUCUUUGCAACCAGAAGAGUCUUCAGCUGUGGUGGUGGUUGGUGCCGACAGCAAAACAGCCAUGCUACUCUUCUGGACAAGUAUUGGACCAAAAUUCGGAUGGAUAACAUGAAUAAAGCAGAACUCAAAGAGAUUCUUCAGGGCAGAUGCCCUAACCUUGCUGCUGUGACUGAUCGUCUACUAGACAUUUAUCUUCAGCUCACUGGAGAUAAGCAUCAAACAUCAGAAAUCAGUUUUCCUGCCUGUGAGCAGGAAGUGGAAGAUGCAUCAGAGCUGAAAAAAGAAAACAAAAGGCCAAGUCUGGAGGGAAGAGAACUAUCUCUGAGAGAUUUAUUGAAUUGGUGCAGCAGGAUUGCCUACAAGUUUGACAGCUCUUCCUCAACUACUGCAGUGAAUAUUUUUCAAGAGGCAUUAGACUGUUUCACAGCUAUGCUGUCCAAGCAAGGGAGCAGGCAGAAAAUGGCAGAAAUUAUUGGAAGCAAACUAAACAUUUCCAAGAAAAAGGCAGAGUUCUAUUGUCAGCUUCAUAAACCAGAAAUUCUAAUAAGGGAACAUGAAGUUGCUGUGGGAAGAGUGCGGCUCUUGCGGAAACAAACUCAGGCACUUCUUAUACAAAGGGAGAAGCAAACCUUUGCUGCCACACGCCCAUCUUCAGUACUGAUUGAACAGCUUGCGAUGUGUGUUGACAAAGGAGAGCCUGUGCUGUUGGUGGGUGAAACAGGAACUGGCAAAACCUCAACUAUCCAAUACCUUGCUCAUAUUACAGGACACCAUUUGAGGGUUAUCAAUAUGAACCAACAGAGUGACACUGCAGAUCUGCUUGGGGGCUAUAAGCCAGUGGAUAACAAAUUGAUUUGGCUGCCCUUACGAGAGUCUUUUGAGGAACUCUUCUCCCAGACGUUUUCCAGGAAGCAAAAUCAAACUUUCUUGGGUCAUAUCCAGACGUGUUACAGACAGAAACGUUGGCAUAAUCUACUCAAAUUAAUGCAGCAUGUUCACAGAUCGGCCGUUAAUAAGGAAGCAAAAGAAAACGCAUCAGGCUCACCACUGAAAGAAAAGUGGGAAGCAUUUGGUCUUAGACUGAACCAUGCCCAUCAACAGAUGAAAAUGACAGAAAAUUUUCUGGUGUUUGCAUUUGUCGAGGGUACUCUGGCACAAGCAGUGAAGAAAGGAGACUGGAUUUUACUGGAUGAGAUUAAUUUGGCUGCAGCAGAGACUUUAGAAUGCUUGAGUGGCUUACUAGAAGGAUCAUCUGGCUCACUGGUGUUACUAGACAGAGGAGACACAGAACCUCUGGUGCGUCACCCUGAUUUUCAUUUGUUUGCCUGUAUGAAUCCAGCUACGGAUGUUGGAAAGAAAAAUCUACCUCCAGGAAUAAGAAACAGGUUUACUGAACUUUAUGUAGAAGAACUGCAGAAUGAAGGAGACUUGCUAAUUCUUAUCAUGGACUAUCUGAAAGGCUUGAAUGUGAGCAAAAACACAGUACAAGGAAUCAUGAACUUCUAUUUAUCUGUGAGAAAAGAGUCGGAAACAAAAUUGGUGGAUGGGAUUGGCCAUAGACCUCACUACAGCCUUCGUACACUUUGCAGGGCUUUGAGAUUUGCAGCAUCUAAUCCGUGUAAAAACAUACAGCGCUCACUGUAUGAGGGCUUUUGCUUGGGCUUCCUGACACAACUUGACAGAGUUUCUCACCCGAUAGUUCAGAAGCUAAUUUGCCACCAUAUUGUCUCUGGCAACAUAAAAAGCCUCCUUAAGCAGCCACUGCCAGAGCCCCAAGGAGGAAGAGCUGUACAAAUAGAAGGUUACUGGAUUUCAGUAGGGGAUAAGGAGCCUGUGAUAGAUGAAACUUACGUACUAACUUCUUCUGUUAAACUUAAUCUGAAAGACAUUGUCAGAGUUGUGUCUGCAGGGACUCAUCCAGUGCUGAUUCAAGGAGAGACAUCAGUUGGUAAAACUAGUUUAAUUCGCUGGUUAGCUGCAGCUAGUGGGAACCACUGUGUGCGGAUUAACAAUCAUGAUCAUACUGACAUCCAGGAGUACAUUGGCUGUUAUACAUCAGACACUUCUGGGAAGCUGAUGUUUAAGGAAGGUGUCCUUAUUGAUGCUAUGAGAAAGGGCUACUGGAUUAUCCUCGAUGAACUGAAUUUGGCUCCUACGGAUGUUCUGGAGGCACUCAACAGACUGCUGGAUGAUAACAGAGAGCUGUUCAUAACAGAGACACAAGAAGCUGUCAGGGCACACCCUCGAUUUAUGCUGUUUGCUACACAGAAUCCACCAGGACUUUAUGGGGGCAGGAAGGUGUUGUCCAGAGCCUUCAGGAACCGUUUUGUGGAGCUGCAUUUUGAUGAACUGCCAACUGCUGAGCUAGAAACAAUCCUUCACAAGCGAUGCAGUCUGCCACCAUCUUACUGCAGUAAACUCGUCAAAGUCAUGCUGAGUCUGCAGUCUUAUCGCAGAGGUUCAACAGUGUUUGCUGGGAAGCAUGGUUUCAUUACUCUUCGAGAUCUGUUUCGUUGGGCUGAAAGAUACAGAUUGGCAGAACAGACAGAAAAGGAUUAUGACUGGCUUCAGCAUUUAGCAAACGAUGGUUUCAUGCUUCUGGCAGGCAGAGUCAGGAAACAGGAGGAGGUUGAUGUUAUUCAAAGUGUCCUUGAAAAGCAUUUUAAGAAGAAAUUGUAUCCCCACUCUCUCUUCUCAGAGGAAAGUGUUAGAAAGUUAUUGGUUAAAUCAUCUACACAGAUGUCGGUGAUGGACGGCGAGUUUAGUCAUGUUGUCUGGACUCAAGGGAUGAGGAGGCUUGCAGUUCUGGUAGGACGAGCUCUGGAGUUUGGCGAACCAGUUCUGCUGGUGGGAGACACUGGGUGUGGCAAAACUACUAUUUGUCAGAUAUUUGCAGCCUUGGCAAAUCAGAAAUUACAUUCUGUGAACUGCCACUUGCAUAUGGAGACAUCAGACUUCCUGGGAGGAUUACGGCCAGUCAGACAGAGAUCAAAGGACAAGGAGGAAUUUGACAGUUCUAGGCUGUUUGAAUGGUACGAUGGACCCCUUGUUUUAGCAAUGAAGGAGGGCGCUUUUUUUCUCCUGGAUGAGAUUUCAUUAGCUGAUGAUUCUGUUUUGGAAAGACUUAAUAGUGUUCUUGAGGUUGAGAAGACACUGGUGCUUGCUGAAAAAGGUAGUCAAGAAGAUGAGGAUAAUGAAGUAGAACUUCUGGUUGCUGGAAAAAAAUUUCGCAUCCUAGCAACCAUGAACCCAGGAGGUGACUUUGGAAAAAAAGAGCUUUCUCCUGCACUGCGCAACAGAUUUACAGAGAUAUGGUGUCCACAGAGUAACAGUCGUGAUGAUUUAAUACAGAUCAUAAAGCACAACCUUCAUCCAGGACUGUCUCUGGACAGGAUAAACUACCAAGGGAUAGACAUAGCUGAGCUGAUGAUGGACUUUAUUGAAUGGCUAACCAACCAAGAAUUUGGGCGUCAGUGUAUUCUCAGUGUCCGAGAUGUCUUAUCCUGGGUUAACUUUAUGAAUGUUAUGGUAGAAGAAGAGGAGUACAGCCUGUUUUACAUUCCUCCUGUGACGUCUUUUGUCCAUGCUGCAUGCCUGGUGUAUAUUGAUGGAAUAGGUUCAGGUACAACAUCUUGCUCAGCUGAUACUGCUUUAAUUGCUCGUGAAAAAUGUCUGAAAUUCUUAUGCGAGAAACUUUGCAGUGUUGUUGAGCUUACAGAAUAUCAGAAGGAUGAACUGAGGGUUUAUGACAGAACAAAGGAGAGAGAAUUUAUAUGGAUGGAAAACUUCAUGGGAAUCCAUCCAUUUUUUAUACCAAGAGGCCCUGUUUUUCAGAGGAAUAGUGUUUCAGAUUAUGCUUUAAAUGCAGGAACUACAGCAAUGAAUGCACAAAGGCUGUUAAGAGCCUUACAGCUUAACAAACCCAUUCUCUUGGAGGGGUCUCCAGGCGUGGGCAAGACCAGUCUAGUAGCAGCACUGGCAAAGGCUUCAGGAAAUUGCCUUGUUCGAAUCAACCUGUCUGAGCAAACGGAUGUGACGGAUUUAUUUGGGACAGACUUGCCUGUGGAAGGUGGAAAGGGAGGAGAAUUUGCCUGGCGUGAUGGACCCCUGCUUGCAGCAUUAAAGGGUGGACACUGGAUUGUGUUAGAUGAGUUGAACCUGGCUUCCCAGUCUGUAUUAGAAGGACUAAAUGCCUGCUUUGACCACCGAGCGGAGAUUUACAUCCCAGAAUUAGGGAUGAGUUUUCAUGUGCAACAUAAGAAGACGAAGAUCUUUGGAUGCCAGAAUCCCUACAGACAAGGAGGUGGAAGAAAGGGGCUGCCCAAGUCCUUUCUUAAUAGAUUUACACAGGUAUAUGUUGAUCCACUUUCAGCUGCAGAUAUGGAGUUCAUUGGGAAUACCUUGUUUCCUGCCAUCGACAAAAAUAUUAUUGCUAAAAUGGUUGCUUUCAAUAACAAGAUUGAUCAAGAAGUUAUGGCUCAAAAGAAGUGGGGACAGAAAGGAGGACCGUGGGAAUUUAACCUGCGUGAUCUUUUCCGCUGGUGUCAGCUGAUACUUGUUGACCAGUCACCAGGAUGCUAUGAUCCAGGCCAACAUGUAUUUUUGGUCUAUGGUGAAAGAAUGAGAACCAGAGAAGACAAAGAGAAGGUCAUUUCCAUAUUCAAGGACAUUUUUGGUCAGAAUUCUAAUCCAUAUAGGGGAUCCAGACAGUUUCUCAUCACUCCUUAUAAUGUUCAGAUCGGCUACUCAGUUCUUGCUCGUGGCAGCUAUAUUCCUCCCCCGUGCAGACGUCUGUCUCUUUUACAUCAUUCCCUGCAGUCCCUGGAGUCCAUAAUGAAAUGUGUGCAUAUGGGCUGGAUGAUCAUAUUGGUGGGUCCUGCAGCUGUUGGGAAGACCAGCCUUGUUGAACUUCUGGCCCACCUGACAGGUCAUCGAUUAAAGGUUAUGGCAAUGAACAGUGCUAUGGAUACAACUGAACUCUUAGGUGGAUUUGAACAGGUUGAUGUCAUUCGGCCAUGGCAAUGCCUACUAGAGAAAGUGGAGAGUGCUGUGAGGACACUAAUAAGAGACAGUCUCCUUCUGACUGAAAUCUGUCCAGAUGAUGCUGAAGUUGUGUUGCGUGCUUGGAGCAGUUUCAUCCUUAACUUUAAACCCAAAUCUCUGGGUGAAGGAAGUAGAAAUGUCACAACUGAACUGGUGAACAAACUAGAGGGAAUACUUGCACUUAUCCAGCGACUAAACAGCAAAAUAAACUCUUACUCAAAAGCAGAGUUUUCGAGACUGAUGGAAGAAUUUCGACAUUUCAGGCUGCAGCUUGUUCAGUCUGUGGAUGGUAACAGUCAUGGCACUUUUGAAUGGGUUGAUGGAAUGUUGAUUCAGGCGUUGCAGUCUGGGGACUGGCUUUUAAUGGACAAUGUCAACUUCUGCAAUCCAUCAGUGCUGGACCGCUUGAAUGCUCUACUCGAACCUGGGGGAGUCCUUACCAUGAGUGAGAGAGGUGUGAUAGAUGGCACCACCCCUACUAUUGCCCCUCAUCCGAAUUUCAGGCUUUUCCUUUCAAUGGAUCCUUUUCAUGGGGAAAUAUCCAGAGCCAUGAGGAACCGUGGGAUUGAGAUUUACAUUCCUGGUGAAAGUGAUGGGAAUUUAUUGGACAAUCUGGACAUGAAAGUGUUGCUGCAUGGACUGGGCUUACUGGGAGAUAGUGUAUGUGAUGCACUCAUGGCUGUACAUUCAGAAACUAAAGAAACUAUAGCAGGUUCUGUGUUGUCAUUGUCAUCUUUGAUUCAUGCUGCUACGCUGAUUGUACAACAGUUGCGUCGAGGCCUUGGUUUAGCGAAGAGUUUUUACAGAGCUUGCUGGGAAGUAUAUGUCCGCUCACAGCAGUCCCAGAUGAACCAAAAGCUUGUGCUGGAAUUGGUAAUGAAGCAUGUUUCAGCUCUGACUUCCCAUGAAACUUGGGGUGACUCCCUGCUAGCGAUGGGAUUGUGGCCAGACUCUCUACCUACAGGUCUGUUUCUAGCUGAAGACUCACUUCUUUCUACAGUCCAGAGUGACGGACAGGUCCUAGCAUAUUGUCUGAACAGACUGAGCCUGAAAAACAGCAGAACACUACCACUUACGCUGCAAGAUUUGCAGAAAGUUAUGCAAUCCACUAAUUCAGAGAGUCUCCGUUUCAGUACGGUUCAGAUGGAUGCCUAUUGGACAGAUGAAAUUGAAGUCCUAUCUACUUCUGUUGAAUUGUUCAUAGAAAAGGCAUCCAAUCAGGAUUGGUUGUUGAGAGUUAAAUGGCUUAAUCACUUAACCAAGAAUCUAGCACAAGUGCUUGAUUCAGUGCGCGCUCAGCUAGAAGCUGGUGCUGCAUCGCUGAAUAGUUUCUACUCCAGUCCUCACUCUGCUGCAAUCAGUAAUGUGAUCAAGUUGCUACAGCCAAACAUGACAGAUGAACAAGUGAUGCCACUGGAUCCAAGAUGGAAUAUGCAGUUUUUGAAUAUCAUUAGAAAUUCAAUGAACUUUGACACAGAAGUGGAACACACAGAUCAGCUUUUUGUCCUUCUGAUGUCUGUAGCAAACCGGGCAAUAUUAUUUCUUGACCGGGAAAAAAGGAACUAUAUUGAGAAGAACUUGAUUACUAGCAAAAAGUUGAGAACUAGUGCCUUAAGAAUGUCUCUAGAGUUCCAUAAAGAUCCAGGGAGUUAUAACUCUCUUCCACAUGCUAUUGUGGCCAAUCUUGCCGCUUUCUUUGAACUUUGGGAUGCCUUUAUGUUACACUGGGUGAAGUCAUCUCAAGUGACCUUAACAGAUGACAGUGUGCAUGAGAUCUUCUACUGCUUGCUGUGGCGUGACCGGUUUUGGGCAGCAUCUGACACUCUGACGGUGGAUUCUCCAGGCUUGGCACUCCUAUCGCUUCACUGGCACUGGGUUGUGAAGCAUUUAAUCAACAGAAUUCCUCAGAUGCUGACUGGACACGAGCAGCACAAGGCUUCCAAGGAAAUUCAGUCUGUUUCACAGCAGAUUCAGAGCUGUUUGGCCAGUCCUGCUGGUAUUUCUAUUGGUGUAAAGAAACUGCAGAUGUCUCUUGGGAGACCUCUUCCUUUCAAGCUUGAUGAGAGCUGGCGAAACUACAGGGAGAACAGCAGUCAACAGGUGCGUAUGUGUUCGGAGCUAAGUCAGUAUGUAGCUUUUUGCCUUAAACUGACGCCAGCUGCCUCUCAACAUCUGUGUGGACUGUGGCACUUGUUACAUCACAAUAAGGUAUCCCAUGAAGAAAUGUCUCUUCUGUGGUCAGAACUGGUCAGUAGCAUAUUAGAGUUCUUCUGGCACAGUACUGUAACCACAGAUCCGGAGUACUGGUUAACCUGGAAGCCGCUACCUGGUGCAGAGGAAAAGAAAAUGCCUAAAUCUCCUAUGUACCGUUUUAUGAAGGGCCCAGGUAUUUUGAAUCGAGCAAUUUUCUCAAAGUGCCUCUUUGAAAUUCUAACUAGCAGCAGCAAGACAAGCCAGUGGGAUGCGAGUGGCCUUCCUGUUCUGUCAUCAUCCCAUGUGAUACUGGGAGAGUGGAUGGAGAGGGCACAACAGCUUCAAGAAGUCAACACAGUUUUGUGGACCAACAUGUCUGUUUCUUCCAUGGCAGAAUUUAGGUGUACAGAUUCCAGAAUGCAGGAUGUAAUGUUAUGUCGACAGCUCUUGGCUCUGAUGGAUCUGGUUCCAGUAGACCUACAAGAGGAAUAUUCACAGUGCUGUGAUAAACUCUCCUCCAAGGACCCUGUGGCUUUUCAGUACAUUCUCAAAGUACUUAAGGAUGUUGCUGGUCAGGAGAUACUGCCAAAAGAAGUCCUCUGUCUCUUACUGACCUGCUUGCAACAGUUCUUUGGGGAAGGAGAAGAAAUUCAGGACCUAUCAGAGACAGCUUGGCGAGGUAGCCUGUGGGUGAAUAUGGGUUUGGUGCAGAUCCAGGUUUGGCUUCCACAGACUAGGUUUGAUCCUGCAGUGAAAAGAGAAUACAAACUCAAGUAUGCCAAGGAGGAGUUACACCACCUGCAGUGUAAAUGGAAGACGCUGAAUUUGUCAGCACAGUUACAUACAGGAAAAGAUCUUGAAGAUGAAGCAAUUAUCAGUUUCACUCAUCCUCAUAUCAGAUUUCUACCCCAAAGAAUGCAACAGCUGAAGGAACAAAUAGGCAAUCUUUCCAGAAAACAGGCCUUCAGACCCCAAGUCCCCCCAUAUGACUGCUUAUACCAGGAGGUUCACCAAUAUGUCACCAGCAUUGCACAAAUUUCCACAGUCCAGGAUCUCUUAGCCCGCCUUCUACAGUUCCUUCGUGGAAAUAGGCCCAAGUCACUCCAGGCAGUACAGAACCUGCUAAACGAAGAAGCAUCCUGGCAGCAAUCUCACCAUCAAUUUAGAAAACACUUGGCAGAAGAAUAUGCUUUAUACCCUGAUGUUGUCACCCCACUGCAAGCUGCCAUUUUACAGCUGCAGCAUGGCAUGAGACUAUUGGCCUCUGAAGUUUAUACAACACUCACUAGUAUUGUCUGUCCAGCCAAACUUGACACCCUUGUUACUUCUUUGUUGGCAUUUCCUUCUAUUGGCCCCACCUUCCCCACUUACCUUGCACAUGCAGAUACUUUAUGCUCAGUGCAAUCUACGAACAUCCUCUGUGGCCUUAAAAAGUUAUCUCUGAAACGCUCUGAAGGAGAGUUUGAUGAAAGGGUUCAGAGUUCAUACCCGACUCAGGAACAGCUACUAGUGAAUGCCUUAUUGUAUCUUCGAUGCCAUGUAUUGUCAAAGGGAGAGCUGGACCAGAAAUCUCUGCAGCUUUUCAGGCAUCUGUGUCAGGCAAUUAUAAACGAAUGGGAUGAACAGGAGCGCUGCACCCAGGAGCAGGAGGAGCAAGAAAGUCAUCUGUACAGAUACAGGAGUAAGAGCCAUGGAAUGGGGCGAAGUGAGGAAGAGGAGGAAGAGAGAGAAUUUAGGAGGAGAUUCCCUCUCUAUGAGAAGGACUUUGAAGAUAUCACAGCUCAGGCAAGUCUAGAGGAAAAAAUGGAAAAUGAAGAUGACUCAGAGGAUUUAGUAGCCACUGAAAUAACUCUCUUAUCCCAGAAUUCAAUGCAAACAGUGAUGAUGAUUCAUCAGCAGUUGUGCCUAAAAUUCGCACGGUCCCUGUGGUAUCAACAGAGCCUGCCCGCACAUCAAGCUAAACAUUAUUUCAGUGCAUUUCUUUCCAGCUAUCAGACUGGUGCUUUUCUAGUGGCACACUUCUAUCCCUUGAUAGGUGCUGAAAUGAAUGAUUAUCUUCUUGGCAGCCAGCUUUUAGUUGGCACUCUUCUCCACAAUACACUUUUUGAGGAAGUGACUUCAGAUCUCAUCAUACAACAAGAUGGCCCAUAUGACUUUUACCAGCACCCUAAUAUUCACCAAGUUCGACAAUGCCAGCCUGUACUCGAUAACUUUACUAAAGAAGUAAACAGGUUACUGCAAGAAUGGCCUGAACACCCUGCACUCAUGCAGCUAUUGGUUGUGAUGGACAGAAUCCGUAGCUUCCCACUCUCCAGUCCUCUCUCAAAGUUCCUGAAUGGCUUAGAGAUUCUGCUUGCAAAGUCACAGGACUGGGAGGAGAAUGCAAGUCGAGCUUUGUCUUUGCGGAGACAUCUUGAUUUGGUCACUCAGUUGAUUAUCCAGUGGCGUAGACUGGAGUUAAACUGCUGGUCGGUUAGUCUGGACAAUACUAUGAAGCGGCACACAGAAAAAUCCACAAAGCACUGGUUCUCAAUCCAUCAGAUGAUUGAAAAGUACAUGCAAGAGCAAACUGAGGGGAGCACAGGAGAAACCAAUGAGCAGCUGAGCUUAACAAUGCUGGUCCACACACUGCAAGCUUUUAUUGAAGGAUCUACCUUGGGGGAAUUUCAUACACGACUUCACACACUGUUGGUUUUCCACUGUCAUGUCCUGCUAAUACCUCAAGUAGAAGGAAAGGACGUGCUGUGCAGCAUUCUUUGGAACCUGUAUAAUUAUUACAAGCAGUUUUCAGAAUGUGUACAGGCCAGGAUCACUGAACUUCGUCAGCCUAUAGAAAAAGAACUUAAGGAGUUUGUGAAAAUUUCUAAGUGGAAUGAUGUCAGCUUCUGGGCUAUAAAACAGUCUGUGGAGAAGACACACAGGACCCUCUUUAAAUUCAUGAAGAAGUUUGAAUCUGUUCUGAAGGAGCCCUGUCAACCUGCCCUGGUUGAAAGUGAUAAAGAAGAAGCGCUAGACUGCUUGGAGAGGCAGGAAGAGUCUGAGAACCAAGAGACUAAAGUUCAAAGGUUGAACAGCAUACUAAGAAAAACUUUGUCUGCUAGAACAGACACUGCCCAGACUGUGCUCUCAGAAAAAUGCUGUGGUGGAGUUAUGUUUGAUACAGAAUCUCUUCAGUGUCGUUUGCCCAAGCUCACGAAGCGAAUGAAGAUGUUGUGUGCAACUCUUAUGAAGAAGAACUCAUUUCUAGACCGGGUGGAGAGUCUUGAGCAGUUUACAGGUGAUAUCAUUGCCUCUCUGCUUGAACUGCAGAACUUAACAGUUAAUCAGGCUGCCGAUAAGGAAAAGCAGAAGUCAGAGGUGAAACAUAUUCUUAUGCAGAAACAACGGGCCUUAUCAGAUCUCUUUAAAAGCCUUACUGAAACAGGUUUGUCAUAUCGAAAAGGCCUUGCUUGGUCUCGUUCAAAAGACCCUCAGGAUAUGCUUUGCCUGCACCCCUUGGAUUUACACAGUGCACUAGCCCUAGUCAACUGCACACAUGAAUUGGAUGCCAAGUUGCUGACAGAGAUUUCUUCUGUCUGGGAUGGAUGCCAAAAGUACUUCUAUCGAUCUCUUGCACGCCAUUCUAGGCUUCAGACAGCAUUAUUAGCACCUGCCAAGGAAAUUGGACUAGGUAGCAUUGAUAGAUGUAAAGGAUUCACUGCACACCUUAUGAAGACGCUUGUUAAGCAGAGGAGCUCACUCACUGCCUUGACAGAACAAUGGAUAAUACUGAGGAAUCUCCUGAGUUGUGUACAGGAGAUUGAUUCAAGGAUGAAUGUUACUAGAGACUAUAAUGUAGCCUUUCCUCCUCAAGAUAGUAUUCAGCAGUGGACUGAGAGACUGCAACAUCUUGCCAUGCAAUGUGUGAUGGUCAUUGAGCAGCUAUCUUGGUUUGUACAGUGCUGCCCAAAAGAACAGUCUUUAAUCUGUAGUCAUGGUGUAAGGAUGGAUAUGAAAACAAACAUUCCCCAGUGUAAAGGAGCGGAACAGAAUCUGGAAAAUGCCCAGAUGGGAAUACCUGAUCUAAUCCAAUCAGAGCUAAAAUACCUAUCUCCAGUGGCUGCAGAACAACUACCCUCUGGAUGCAGGAUGCAAAAACAGGAUCAGUUGUGGCAGCAGUUAUCUGCAAGAGUGACUGAGAUGCUCGCGGAGAUUAAGGCCGUGAAAGCAGAUAUAGACAGAAUAAGACAACAGUCCUGUGAGACCUUAUUUUAUUCCUGGAAAGAUUUUGAAGUUUGCAGUUCAGGGCUGAGCUGUUUGUUGAAAGUCUCAACUCAGUUGCAGAGCAUAGAGUCCUUAUAUGUUCUUCAAGGGAUGGAAGGUAGGAAGUCCACGAAGCAGAUGGCAUUAAUCAAAAGCCUAGAAUACAUCCAAGCGGAAGUUAAUAAAACUGCUGUAGACUUCACUAUCUGGAAAACCCAGCUUCUCGGUUUGACUUCAGACUGUGGUGGGAAUCAAGAAUCAGAUGAUGGGUUUGUAGAACAUUUCUCUGUGCAAGUAGAAACUGCCAUUCAUGUUGUCCUGUAUGCCAUCCAGUGUUUAACGGAGAGAAAACAGGAAAAAAGAAAGGAGAAAGAAAAAUGGUCAGAGGAAGAUGAGGAGGAGACCUCAGCUGACAGACUCAAGUCAGGGCUUUUAACUAAGCUCUUGGAUGAAGACCUCUUUGCUGAUGUGAGUUCUCUGCAUGUGCAGAAAAUAAUUUCUGCCAUUUCAGAACUCCUGGAAGGACUGAAAUCUUAUGGAGAGGAUUGCACAGCAGACAAACACAAGUUCUUCAAUCAAUCCUGCUACUUACUUGUGCGCCUAAUGCCCAUGCUUUCCAAGUAUUCAGAUCUUAUCUUGUUCUAUCUCAUUGUUUCCUUGGCAUCUCACAGAAGUACUGGGAAAUUGCUUUCUGUUCUAACCAGUAUAUUUACAGAGCUCACGCAAAAGGGAUUUUGUCUGCCAAAAGAAUUAAUGGAGGAUGCAGCAGGAGAGGGAGCAACAGAGUUCCAUGAUUAUGAGGGAGGUGGUAUUGGAGAUGGGGAAGGCAAGAAGGAUGUGAGUGACAAAAUAGAAAACGAAGACCAGGUGGAAGACACUUAUCAAAAAGGUCAAGAAAAGGAGAAGGAGGAUCCAGACUCCAAACCAGACAUUGAAGGAGAGGACAAUGCAAUUGAAAUGUCAGAGGACUUUGAAGGGAAAAUGCAUGAUGGGGAACAAGACAAGAAAGAAGACAGUGACAAAUCAGAUGAAGAUGAAGAGCUGGAUAAACAGAUGGGAAAUCUUGGUGAUGCUGAAGCUGAUAAACUGGAUGAGAGGCUCUGGGGUGAUGAUGAUGAAGAGGACAAUGACAAUGAUGCGAGUGAAACAGAAGAGUCUGGACCAGGAAUGGAUGAGGGUGAUUCCGAGCUUGUUGCAAAAGAUGGCAGCCUGGAUGCAGGUAAUAAAAAUGAUAAAAAGAAGCCAUCUAAGGAUGAAGAAAAAGAGGAGCUAGCAGAGGAUGGUGAAAAUAAAGAGAAAAUUCAUGAACAAAUAGAUGAGCGUGAAUAUGAUGAUAAUGAGGUGGAUCCCUAUCACGGUAAGCAAGAGAAGCAGCCUGAAGCUGAAGCUUUGGACCUUCCUGAUGACCUGAACUUAGAGAAUGAAGAGAGGAGCGAUGAGGACAAUGAAGGCGAAGAGGAAGAAAAUCCUUUUGAGAUAGAAGAGAAGCCAGUGGAUUUAGGUGAGGCUGAAAAUGGGGAAGAUAAGGAUGGAGAAGAUACUCAAGAUACAGACAGAGAUCCAGAGCCAACUGAAGGAGGCACCUCUGAAGAUAAAACAGAGGGUGAAGGUGAAGUGGGGGAAGAAGCUGAUGACCAAGAAGAAGGAAAUACAGAAAACUCUGAGGAAAAUGAAGAGGAGGAAACACAACCACUGACAGAAGAUAAAGAAUCAUCUGAAGAGGAGAGAGAGAAAAGGAUCCCGGCUGCUGACCAAGGCCUUCAACCUCAGGAAGGAGAGGAUGAAGAUACUCUGGAGAAGGAUGAGCAGUUACCUGAGUCUGUAGAGCGAAUGGAACAUGAAGCUCAUGGGCAGACAGGAGAAGAAAAUCUGCAGAGUGACAGUGCUGUUGAGCUGGCUGGAGCAGCUUCAGAGAAGGACCAGGCUAAAGAGGAACAUGGGAGUGGAGCUGCAGAUGCAAAUCAAACAGAAGGCCAUGAAUCCAACUUAAUGGCACGAUUGCCUUCUCAGAAACAAAGCAGAAAAAAUACACAGAGUUUUAAGAGGAAACCUGGUCAGGCUGACAAUGAGCGUUCAGUGGGGGAUCACAGUGAACAUGUCCACAAGCGACUGAGAACGAUAGAAUCCAGCAGUGAAGCCAAACAGAAUACAACUCAAUCUGAACAAAAUGUGGAAGAAGCUGAUGCGUUUGAACACAUUAAACAAGGCACUGAAUCCUACGAUGUACAAACUUAUGAUGUAGCUAGCAAGGAGCAGCAGAAACCUACUGUGCCUCUUGGUGAAGAGAAGGAAGAGGUGGUUUCUGAAGAUGCAGCCAUGGAGACAGAACUGCAGAACAAUGAAGAUCUCAAUGCUCUCAAUGCUGUAGACACAGAGGAGCUGAAGCCAGAAGUAAAGAAGUCUAGUGCCACUAAAACCCUUGGGUCUGAUGAAGUGGAGUUGGAAAUCCAGGCUUUCAACUCUGAGGAGAUCAAAGAUGCUACAGCAGACAAACCGCCAAAGGUGCCAGAAGAGGAACCAGAAAGAAACCAAGACUCUACUAUACAUACGGCCCAUCAAUUUUUGAUGGACACCACGGUCCUGCACGUAAUUAAAGAUCCCGAAGAGUUGAGACAGGAACUGGAAAAGCAACUGGAAGCUUGGCAAACUCAGCAAUCUGGAAACCCAGAUGAGGAAAAGACGGCAGCUGAGAUGUGGCAGAGAUAUUUAGCACUGACCACUCCUCUUUCACAACAGCUUUGUGAGCAGCUACGACUCAUACUUGAACCCACUCAGGCAGCCAAGUUGAAAGGUGAUUACAGAACAGGAAAAAGACUGAAUAUGCGCAAAGUGAUUCCAUAUAUUGCCAGUCAGUUCCGAAAGGAUAAGAUCUGGUUGCGAAGAACCAAACCCAGCAAACGUCAGUACCAGAUUUGCUUGGCCAUUGAUGAUUCAUCUAGUAUGAUAGACAACCACUCAAAACAGCUUGCAUAUGAAUCCCUGGCAGUGAUUGGAAAUGCAUUGUCUCUUCUAGAAGUGGGGCAGAUUGCUGUAUGUAGCUUUGGUGAGACAGUUCAACUUCUGCACCCAUUCCAUGAACCAUUCAGUGACCAGUCAGGAACACGGAUAUUACGCCUCUGCAAAUUUCAACAAAAGAAAACUAAGAUAGCUCAGUUUCUAGAAUCAUCAGCAAAUAUGUUUGCUGCAGCACAGCAGUUGUCUCAAAAUAUCAAUCCAGAAACCGCUCAGCUGCUCUUGAUAGUAUCUGAUGGAAGAGGCCUUUUCCUAGAAGGCAAGGAACGAGUCACAGCAGCAGUUCAGGCUGCUCAGAAUGCCAAUAUCUUUGUCAUUUUUGUCGUAUUAGACAAUCCUAAUUCCCGGGAUUCCAUCUUGGACAUUAAAGUACCUGUAUUUAAAGAGCCCGGAGAAAUGCCUGAAAUCAGAUCUUACAUGGAAGAGUUCCCAUUCCCAUUCUACAUAAUCCUCAGAGAUGUGAAUGCCCUCCCAGAAACUCUCAGUGAUGCGCUGCGACAGUGGUUUGAACUGGUGACUGCCUCGGAGAGUCUAUAGAAUUUAUAAAGCAAGUAAACCUCUGAUUGCUGCUAAAUUACUUAAGUGUGACUGCAUUUCAUCAGUGAUUUUAUGAGAUCUCUCUAUGGCAGGAUCUACGUGCAGGAACUGCCUUCUGAUAUUCAGACAGCCUAGAAAAGAAAUGCUUUAGGUGUGCUCUCCCUCAUUUGCUAGAGCAGGAGACUAUGCAAUGGUGAAAGACUGUACUCACUUAUUUGCCUAUCCCUAUAACAAUGCAAACCUUCUACCACCACUGUUGUAAUUUAUUAUUUUUAAACUUUAUUUGGAAUGUUCUUAUCAUUGAAGGGGGGAAGUAGUCUUGUUUCUGGGAAGGAACUUCUUGUAUUGGAAGAACUUGAACAGUCUUGGAACUGUUUUAGCUGAACCCAUGGUGGUGGUACAUGUGGGUGUGAAAAGGAUGGGUUUACACAACCAAAAUAUAAGUACUUGAAUACUUAAAACUGUGUUUUGUGGUUAAACACAUCCUAUUUAAUAUAUGUUGCUGGUUGUUGGAUAAUGCCUGCAGGGUAUUUUUAUGAAACAUGCCAUGAUAUGAUCUUCCCUGUAUUAUCACUUUACACUGUGAAGUUUGCCCCUCUGUCCAAGGCAGACAUUAAAGACACAUUUAGUCAAGUGUCUUAAAGAUUGUACAUGACUUUUUUCAUUGCAAAAGCUAUGCAUCUUAUUGUCUGUACUAAUAAAAAGGUGUACCAUUGUUUG